AUGGCGCUCGCAACAGCAGUUGUAGCAGGUACAUCUGCUGCAGCAAUGUACCUCGAUGGCAAAUAUUCUAUAUUAAAAGAUUUGAAUGAUAAAUUGAAAAUGAGACGAACCAUGAAAUGGUACGCCGAAGCUGAGAAAAAUAGAAAAUUAUGUCUUUAUUAUCUGUUCGAAGAAAGCGUGCAUCGUCAUCCAAACACAGAAUGUAUCUGGUCACGAGAGGGCUGCUACACUUGGAAACAAUCCUACGAUCUCGUAAAUCAAUACGGUCAAUGGUAUCUCUCCCAGGGCGUAAAGCCUGGUGAUUUAGUAGCAUUUUAUCUUCAAAAUUCUCCGGACUUUCUGUUUGCCUGGCUGGGAUUAUGGUCGAUAGGAGCUGCUCCAGCAAUGAUCAACUACAAUUUGGCUGGAAAAGCAUUAAUUCACUGUGUUAAGGUUCCAAAAGCCAAACUUAUUUUGGUGGAUGAUGAUGCGGAGUUGAGAGAGAGGAUUGAGGCUGAGAAAGAGGAGUUGGGGGACUUAGGGAUCAAAAUUGUAUUCAUGGAUAGCUCUACAUUGUCGGAAAUACGCAGUGGAAAGGCUGAAAGGCCAGAAGAUAUUUAUAGAGAGGAAGUCAAAGGAAACUCGCCUUUAGGUUUGUUGUAUACCAGUGGAACUACAGGGUUACCUAAAGGAUGUAAUUUUGAGGUAGCCAGAGGCUUCAUAGCGGGAGUUGGGAGAGCAGCUGGUAAAUCCCCAGUAAAGGAUGAUGACCGAUGGUACAACUGCAUGCCCUUGUAUCAUGGAACCGGUGGUAUUACCGCCAUAGCAAACCUGAUGAGUGGAAUCACAAAUUGCGUCGGCAAGAAAUUCAGCACUUCGAAAUUCUGGGGAGAUAUACGUGACUCCAAAGCAACAUGGUUCACAUAUGUUGGAGAGACAGCUCGCUACCUGCUCGCCGCACCUCCUUCUCCUCAGGAUAAAGAUCAUUGCGUUCGCGUCAUGUAUGGAAAUGGUAUGCGUCCAGAUGUGUGGAACAAAUUCAAAGCUCGAUUUGGAGUCCCUGAAGUUGUUGAGUUCUUUAACAGUACGGAAGGGGUUUUUUCACUCACCAAUCAUGCACGUGGAGAUUGGCUGGCUACUUGCGUGGGACAUCAUGGACUUAUCUCCAGAUGGCAGUUCAAUGAUCUGUAUGUUCCCGUCAAAAUAGACGAAGUUUCUGGAGCCAUUGCACGAGAUCCUAAAACUGGAUUUGCAACUCGGGAACCAUUUGAGAAAGGUGGCGAGAUCAUCGUUGCGAUUCCGAAUACAGCUGCCUUUGCGGGUUACUUCAACAACCCAGAAGCGACGAGUAAGAAGUUUGAGAGUAAUGUAUUCAAGAAAGGAGAUCUUUAUUACAGAACUGGCGAUGCUCUACGUCGAGAUAACGACGGGCGAUGGUUUUUCCUUGAUCGAUUGGGCGAUACCUUCCGCUGGAAAGGAGAAAAUGUUAGUACAGCUGAAGUUGCAGAGGUGUUAGGGAAAUACGACGGAGUUGUGGAGGCCAUCGUUUAUGGUGUCCAAUUACCUUCUCAUGAUGGUAGGGCUGGAUGUGCUGCCGUGUUCAUCGAUCCAAGUAUUAACAAUUUUGACUUUGCUGGGCUUUUGAAACACACACGGAAACAUCUACCUAAAUACGCAGUUCCGGUAUUCCUCCGGAUCGUGAAGGAAAUGGUACCAAUUCAUAACAAUAAACAAAAUAAAACACCACUUCGUGAACAGGGUGUUAAUCAUGAUAAAGUCAAAGCAGAUGACAAAUUACUAUGGAUAGAGGAGAAGGGUAAGGGAAAUACAUAUGUAGAGUUCCACCGGGAUCACUGGGCAGAUUUGGAGCUUGGAAAAGCAAGGUUGUAA